AUGAAAAUUUUUUCUAAAGAUAUUUCUAGGAAUAUCAAUAAAAAAUAUGAUAAUGAUUCAACAAAUUGGUUUAAUGUGAUAUUAUCUAGUUUCUUACUGUUUGUUGGAACAUUACAAGGAAACAUUCUAAAUACAUCUCUUUCAGAGUAUCUUUUUCAGAUUGAUCCAAAAGCAAAUCAACUAUUUUUUAGUUAUGUUAAUGCAUCAUACAGUAUUGGAAGUUUAAUUUCAAUUCCUAUUAUUGGAUUUAUAGGGCAAACAUUUAAAACCUCAAAAAAACCUUUAUUACUAUGUUCAUUUCUAGUAUUAAUUGGACAUUUAGGAUAUAUUCUUUCUGAAUGUACUAAACCAUUUCAAGGGUAUGUUUUGAUGACUGGUAGAAUAUUUACUGGAAUGGGUGAAUCUAUGAACGGUUUAAUAAAUGCAUAUAUAGCUUUAGUAUCAUCACCAAAAUGUAGAUCUCGUGCCAUUAUGUGUGUAACAUUAUCAAAUACUUUAGGAAUAUGUAUUGGACCAGCAUUACAAAAAUUUAUUAUAAAUAAUCUUAAAUAUCCUGGUCCAUCAUUAUUUAACAAAAUUCAUUUUAAUUUUUAUACUGUUCCAGCAUAUAUAGCAAUAUUAUUAAAUAUUUUAUCAAUAAUUUUAAUUAUUGUAUUUUUUAAAGAAAGUCAAAAUGUAGUUUUAAAUGAAAAAAAAAGAAAAGAAAUAUUUGAUAAUCAAAAUAUUAUAAAAAGAAUGCAAAAAUCAUUUUUAAAAAUUAUUAAUUUAGAAACUAAUAAAACUGCUAUUUUUAUUUUGUUAUUUACUAAAUUUACAAGAGGUUUCAUACAAGCAAGUAUAGAUUCAGUUAUUGUUACCUUUACAAGAAUAAUGUUCAAUUGGACUUCGCAAGAAGCAAUUGUAAAUAUUGGAUCAUAUUUAUUAUAUAGUACUAUAAUGAAUGUAUUAUUACUUUUUAUUUUUAUUACAUUUAAACUUGAUACAAAAAUGAAUUACAAGUUACUUAUGACAAUAGGACUAUUAAUAUUUAUUAUUUUAUAUCUUGUAAUUUACCCUUAUUCAUUUGAAGGAAAAACAUUAAAAGAAAUUAAUAAAAAUAUUUCACAUGAAACAAGUUAUCAUAAAAUUUGUAUACAUAAAAAUUAUUUAUGGUGCAAAAAGUUACAUCCAAUAAAUUUACAAAUAUUUACGUUUAGUUAUAUUAUUUUAUCAACAAUUGGACACUUUUUUUUAGGAAAUACAGUACAAACUUUAUAUUCUUUAAAAUUAGGUAACAAUAGACAGGAUUUUAUGCAAAGUAUAAUGCAAAUAUCAGGAGCAAUAGCCAAAAUUUGUGGUUCAAUUAUAAUAGGUUUUAUAUUUGAAUAUUGGGGACCAAAAAUAUCUUUUCUUGUUGUAAUUAGUUUAGUUAUACUUAACAUAACAUUGAUAAUUACAUUUUACAAAACGUUAUCUGUUCAUCUUGAAGAUGAAUACGAAAAAAAAGUUAUUAUAGAAAAAGCUUAA